AUGGUAACAUUUUCCGUAAGUCACGGAAUCCACGAUGCUUGGAAGAAAAAUACGCCCCUUUUGGGGGGCAAUCGUACAUUCACUUGUGACUAUUUCUGUUAUACACCAAACAACGAUACCAUUGACUACUUCCCUCCAGUGUUUCCAGAUCCAUGUACACCAACGGAUCUUUUACCUUACUACAUUACGUCUCAGGGAGAGACUAGUGUUCAGGUGUUCUGGACAGAACCAUUAGCUACAGACAGAAACGGGGAAAUACCAAGAAUUGAGCAAGUUAUUGGUAGUAUGAAUGGUUCUUAUUUCAACGGUUCGGCUGAUGGACGUAGAUACGACAUUGUGUAUCUUGCAACAGACAAAGAAACAAUGAGAGACAGUUGUCAUUUCGUAUUUAAAGUAUACGAUGAGGUUAACUGCUCUGCACCAGCGGAAGUCGGAAAUGGUCACUAUCAAUGUACACAUGGGCUAAUGCCAGGAAGUUCAUGUACAUAUAGAUGUAUUGAGGGAUACAUUAUGAUCGGGGAUGCAGAUGUCAUUUGUCAGUCAGGAAAUCAGAGCUUUCCCGUCUGGUCACCCGCACCAACAUGUGAAGUUGUUCACUGCACUGCGCCGUCUGCACCGGAAAAUGGGCACAUACAUUGCGACGAUCCACCUUUUGCUUAUCAGUCAGUCUGUUUUGUUACGUGCAAGAGUGGGUUUACUGCCGAUGGGCCAAUUUAUAUGACUUGUCAGGCUGAUGGAUUCUGGUCAAAGUCUACAACUUGUACAUAUCCAGAGCCUCUGGCUGUACGCUGUAUUUCGCCUCAAGUCUUCUAUACAGGUUCACAACAAACAUCGGUCGCAGUAAUUUGGCAGCGUCCAACAUCAGCUGCUAUUGUAAACAACAUGGUAGAAAUAUAUCAAACUGAGGGCCCGACUCCAGGUGACUUUCUAGAUUCUGGACUACAUACAGUGACCUAUAUAAUGUCCAAUAGGAAAUCAAACGAAUCUGCGGAGUGUACGGUGGAUUUGCACAUAAAAGUCGUUACAUGUGAGGACCCGGCCCUAAUAUUCAAUGACAGCUUUAUGGUAUACAAUUGCUCAUUACCAACAGUAAUAUUGGGAACAACCUGCUUGAUCUCUUGUCGAAACAGUCUACAGGUAGAAGGUAACUCUUCUGUAACUUGUGUUGACAAUGGACAAAAGCAAGGCGUGUGGAACUGGGGACAUGGCGGAAAACCAUAUUGCAACGAAACCUUGCCAGAAUGUCCCCGGAACCUUAACAGACCAGUAAACGGUAAAAUAUUAUACAAAAACGACACAUCACCAAAUGUACUGGUUAGUUGUGAUGACGGAUUUGAUUUGCAGUACGAGUUUACUGGAAAUGUAUUAUGUACAAACGGAGACUGGGUGUAUGAUCAAAUACCGGAAUGUACUGUUGAAAAGCGAUCUGACUAUAUCCUUGAAGUUAAGAUAAACUACUAUGGACAAGGAUGCUCGGAAAACGCAUCGGAAUACUACCAGGAAUACAAAACUACAUUUCUAACUGUCUUUGAAGAACGUAUCACGGCGAAAUGUCCGGAGAAUAAAACUUGUAAAGUGAACAAUGUGAGCAUCGAAUGUGUUCCAACAACACAUACACGGACUAGGAGAGAACAACCCGAAAGUCGCUUAAAUAUUUUGGAUUUUAUGCUAGAUGCAAUCCAUAGUCGUUUCACAAGAAGUGUUUCACAUACGUUUCUCAUCAGUUUUACCAUCAGUGUUGAAGCUGCCGCAAAUAUAUCACAAGAUUCAUUGGACAACAAUGAGGACAUGGUCAGACAAAUAUGGGAAGACAAUCGUAAAUGGGUCAUCUCCAGUGUUCUUGGGAUGUUACGAGUAACGGGCGACUUCCAAGUGCUUUCCUGGGAUAUCGUCAACUAUACAACCCCGACAUGCGAACAGAAUUACAUCCUAUCUGGAUUACAAUGUAAAACAUGUUCUGUUGGAAACUUUUUAAACUAUACAUUGAACAAAUGUGAGAAGUGUCCAGUUGGGACAUACAAAGACAAAGAUGGAAUAGCACAUUGUAUAACAUGCCCUGAGGGAACUUCAACAAAGGAUAAAGGGACGGUCUCUGUCAAUGACUGUAAAGAGUACUGUAGUCCGGGUUCAGUUUCCAUUGAUGGCUUGGAGAGUUGCGCAGUAUGUCCACAAGGAUAUUACCAAGAUGAAUAUGGACAAACUGAAUGUAAAGAAUGUCCAACAGGAACAACAACAAUUCUAGCAAAUACUUCAAGUAUAAAAGAAUGCACAGUUAUGCAAACAGACAAGAAAUGCGUUUGGUCGUCAUGCAACGGUCACAGAUGUCUAAAUAAAGAAGGAAAUGUGUCCUGCGUUUGUUCCUAUGGUUGGUCUGGUAAAUCAUGUGAACAACCACCAGAUACUUGUGCCGAUAACAUCUGUGUGAAUGGAGCCAAAUGUAUCAAUAGAAAUGACAGCUAUGUCUGCGAAUGCCGGGAAAACUAUAAAGGAGUCCUUUGUGAGGUUAUACCUGUUAAUGGAGGGUGGACUGAAUGGUCAGGUUGGUCUGAAUGCUCUGCUACAUGUGACCAAGGCAUUAGGCAACGGUCACGAGUUUGCAACAAUCCAUCACCGUCUGAAUAUGGAGAUAACUGCCUAGGUCCGAUUUCUGAAUUUAAAGUAUGUGUCAUGGACGAGUGCCAAGCGGUACUUUAG